UUCGGUACACAAAGGAGAGGUCCUACAUAUACCAUAUCCAUUUUCUUUCCACCUUUUCUUCAUAUCCCCCUUAUAUUCUCGUGACUACCUCUUGCAAUUCACAAGUUUACAUAUCCAACAGAAACUCAUCAAGAACAUGUUCAAAACUGUCCAAUAGUAUAAUUGGUGGGUUCAAUUCAUAUAUGGCCAAGAAACUGAAAAUCCCUUCCAUUUUCAAGAACAAAGAAACAAAGCAUCCAUGGCAGUGGUUCUCAUGCAAGCAACAGCCCAAAACACAUUCUUUUCGAGCAGACGACAAAAUUUUCGAGACCGAUAACUUGGGUUUAUCCGACCCUUCCAACAGGGUUGGAACUCCUAAAUCUUGCUUUACAUAUUCCGAGGACAAUCCUGGAGGUGAAUCAGUAGAGAUGAUCAUUCGUGGGGUGCAAUCCGAGAGGUUGAUUUUCGAGCCAAGCAACACGAGUUCAUCAAUCUUAGAUGAGGCGAAAACGAGUGGAGUUUUACCAUUGAAGGAGAGUAUAGUACUAGCAAUAGAGUCAGAUGAUCCUUAUAUAGAUUUCAAGAAGUCCAUGGAGGAAAUGGUGGAGACUCAUGGGUUGAAAGAUUGGAAAUGCUUGGAGGAGUUGUUAGGAUGGUAUUUGAAGAUGAACGAGAGGACGAAUCAGGGAUUCAUCGUCGGAGCAUUCGUCGAUUUGCUUAGAGGACUUGCAUCUUCUUGCUCUAAUUCGACAAAUUCUUGUUCUGGUUUUACAUUGUCUUCUUUUUCUUCUUCUUCUCGUCCUUCUCCUCGUAUCAUUAGUAAGUCACGGUGAUGAUUUUAAUUGUUGAAGAGAAUAUUGUAUCCAUCUAAUAGUUUAACCUUCUAUGUAAAAUGACUUGA